AUGAACUCGAAAUUUUGUCAACUCUAUUAAAUAAAAAUUUAAUAAGGACCUUACAUUGUUUAUGAUAAGUAGGUUCCUGGUGCAGAUGGAAUUUACUACGCAUAUAAUUAUGAUACAAAUUAGAAUUGUUGCGCUAAAAAAAUUGAAAUUAAAGAUGAAACAGAAAGACAGAAGUAAAUUACAAACCAUGAAAAAAUGUCUACAAUAUUUCAUUAGAAUAUAUUAAGAGUCUAUAAAGUGUUGUAAAAUAAGACUGAAAUUUAUGUUAUUUAAGAAUUUUGUGAAAUGGAUUUUUAAAAAUACAUAAAUAAAAAAUCAAAUAAAUUAAAUCUCAAUGAAAUCCUGGACUUUAUUUCUUAAAUCUCUAAUGGGUACAUAGCUUUAUAAGAUUAAGAAAUUAUUCAUAGAGAUUUAAAACCUGAAAAUAUAUUAUAAAAUAUAUAACUUAUUAUUAAGAUUUGUGACUUUGGGUUGGUUAAAAUUGAUAGAAUUUAAACAAAUGGGUAGCAAGGAACUCGAUGUUAUAAAGCACCAGAAAUUACAGAUUCGAAUUAUAGUUAUGCAGCUGAUGCUUUUUCAUUUGGCUUAGUACUCUUGGAAAUCAUUAUAAAAUAGAGUUUAAAUGAAGGAUUAAAAAGGUAAUUAGUUUAGUGUUUAGAAAAAAACGAGUUUGUAUUGUGGUUUAAGAAUUUCUAGUAAAUGUAAAAUAAUAAAGAUAAUUCAAAUCCUAGUUUAGAAAACACUGACAAAUUUCUAGAAGACAUUUUGAAUAAUCUACUUGUUUAUAAUCCAAAUAAUAGAAAAACAUGGAAAUAAUUAUACGACGAAAUUGAAAAAAAAAUUAUGUAGCAAGUUGGAUUACCAAAUUGUUAAUUCAAACAAGAAUAGGAUUAGAAUUAAUUGUCAUACUAGAGUCCUUUAUCUUAAUCUUAAUGCAUUCCUACAUAAAAUCAACAACCGAAAUUUAACCCAUAAAUUAUACACACAGAUAGGCAUUCACAGACUGUUACUAAGGCACCAAAUUUUCCAAAUAAUAAUAAUUGGGUCAAAUAACAAGGAUAAUUGUCAGAACGGAAUUAACCAAAUCAGAACACCUGUGUAACCAAAUUUUUGGCUCCCCAAAUGGUUAAUAGUGGUUAAAAUAAUUAAAUUCAACAGGUCAAACAAAAUUUUCAACAAAUUCAAGGAAGCUCCAAUCCUCAAACAUUGUAAUAAUUUCUAAAGGAUAAAUGA